AUGCUAGGAGACACAGUGGCCGUUAAUUUUCGUUUCUGCACCUGGCAGAUGGCUGAUGAUCUGAUAUCUUCGGGCCCUUUGCAACUUGAACUUUUGCUUUCGAUUCUCCUUUCAAGUUCAAGAUGCAUAACCUGGCGUCACCCUGGCAGAAUGAUUGUAGUUGCAGAAGUGACCCAGGGGCCCGGGCCUGGUCGAUGUAGUUACCUAGGAAGUAAUGUUGGUGGUGGCGCUGCUGGUGGUCAUCACUUUGGUGGAGGUGGUCAUAUGCCUCAUGACUUUGGCGGAGAUCAUGGUAUAGCAGUUGGGGAGGCGGAGGUUUUGAUGGUGGAGGUGCUGGCGGCAGUGGUGGCGGUGGAGGAGGUUGAUAUUGGUGGUGGUGGUGGUGGUUUUGGUUGCAGUGGAGGAGGUUGUGAUAGUGGUGGUGGUGGUUUUGGUGGCGGUGGAGGAAGUUGUGACAGUGGUGGCGGUGGUGGCGGUGGUGGUGGCUGUUAA